AUGGCGAUGGAUACCAAAGAGAUUCAAGAGAAGGGCAAGAUCCUGGCGAAGGUCGUGGCCAGGGAUGCACCUAGAAUUGCUGCUAGGGAAGCGGCUAAGGCCAAGGCUGAGCCUGCAGCUAAGGCAGCUAAGGAGGCAGGGCUGCCUGUGCCGGAGCUGAAAUAUGAAAAGAUGCCUGCCGACGAGGCGAAUAUGGUCCAGGGCGUCCUCAAGGAAAUUCAACAAGGCAUCCGGGCAACAGAGGAUCUGUUACGGCAGACGCGCAUCGGUAUCAUCGUCAACAAGCUCAAAAUCAGCACGUCUGAAGACGUCGGAAGACUUGCCAGUGCCAUUGUCAAGAAGUGGCGCGAUGAUGUGCAGAAGCCCAAGCACGGUGCUACGUCGGCGGCCAGUCGGGCGUUGAGCGGCUCUCCGCGACCAGUAAAGAAGGAUACAAGCGCGUCUACUCCAGCCGCUGCUACACCCUCAGACAAGGCUCCUCCCAAGCCUACUGGGCCCGUGAAAGAUCGAACCUGGACUACAGACGGAGUAGAUAUCAAUCAUACCGAUAAUGGCAACCGGAACAAAUCCAUGGGACUGAUAUACAACGGACUUUGCGCCAAGUCGACCGAGGACCCGAAGGUCAUCCUCCCUCGCGCCAUUGCAGUGGAGAUUGCUGCCUACAAACUCGUGGGACCGGAGACGAAAGCAGAGUACCGGGAUAAAAUCCGCAGUCUUUUCAUGAAUCUGAAGAACAAGUCCAACCCGAAGCUCAGCGUGCGCGUCAUCGAGGGAGAGAUUACCGGCGAGCAACUUGUGCGCAUGUCUUCCGACGAACUGCGAUCUAUUGAGCAGCGUGAGGCAGAUGCCAAAAUCCGCAAGGAGAAUAUGGACAAGGCCAUGGUCGCGCAGCAAGAACGCAGUAUCAGUAAGAGUUUGCAGUGUGGCAAAUGUGGCCAACGCCAGGUUACCUACACCGAAGCCCAGACCCGCGCUGCUGAUGAGCCGAUGACCCUGUUCUGCACAUGUUUGGCUUGCGGCAAGUCCUGGCGCCAGUGA